UGCCAACAGUAUGCCUAAACAAGUUGAGGUGAGGAUGCACGAAAGUCACCUGGAGCCCAUCGAGGCCAGGCCUCAGUCCAAAUGUGCCAAAAUCUGCUCCAAGUUGUUCAAGAACCUUCUGCUCACACUCACCGUCCUCGGUGUGAUCUUGGGAGCUGUAUCAGGGAUGUUGCUUCGCGUUGCCUCCCCGAUCCACCCAGACAUCGUCAUGGUGAUCGCCUUUCCUGGAGAUAUCCUUAUGAGGAUGCUGAAGAUGUUGAUCCUGCCACUCAUCAUCUCCAGUUUAAUCACAGGUCUGUCCGGUUUGGAUGCCAAAUCCAGUGGUCGCCUGGGCACCAGAGCUAUGGUCUAUUACAUGAGCACCACUAUUAUUGCUGCUAUCCUGGGAGUCAUCCUGGUGUUAGUCAUUCACCCUGGCAACCCCAAACUGAAGGAGGGGCUGGGUGAGGGCGAGAAGAACGAUGACGUGUCCAGCUUGGAUGCCUUCUUUGAUCUGAUCAGGAACCUGUUCCCGGAGAACCUGGUGCAGGCUUGUUUCCAACAGAUCCAGACAGUCACAAAGAAGGUAGAGGUGGUUAUUGAGGAGGAGCUCAAUGCCACCACUGCGGACGGCCUGCUGGCUAAUAUUACCAAGGAGCCUCAGUUCGCCAUCAAAAAGUCCUUGCAGUUCAAAAGUGGCAUGAACGUCCUGGGUCUGAUUGGUUUCUUUAUUGCAUUUGGCAUCUGCAUGGGCAAGAUGGGAGAGAAGGCCAGACUCAUGAUUGACUUCUUCAGCAUCCUCAAUGAGAUUGUGAUGAAACUUGUCAUCCUGAUCAUGUGGUACUCUCCCUUCGGUAUUGCCUGUCUCAUCUGUGGUAAGAUCAUCUCCAUCAAGGACCUGGAGGUGGUGGCCAGGCAGCUGGGAAUGUACAUGGUCACUGUGAUUGUUGGCCUCAUCAUCCAUGGAGCUAUCUUCCUGCCGAGCAUCUACUUUGUCAUUGUCAGGAAAAACCCCUUCACUUUCUUCCUGGGAAUCUUCCAGGCCUGGAUCACUGCUCUGGGGACAGCCUCCAGUGCUGGUACACUGCCUGUCACCUUCCGUUGUCUGGAGGAGAACUUGGGUAUCGACAAAAGAGUCACUCGUUUCGUGCUCCCGGUCGGCGCCACCAUCAACAUGGAUGGAACUGCUCUGUAUGAGGCCGUUGCAGCCAUCUUCAUUGCCCAAAUGAACGGUAUCCAACUGGACCCUGGUCAGAUCGUCACCGUCAGUCUGACAGCCACCCUGGCCAGUGUUGGAGCGGCCAGUAUUCCCAGUGCAGGUCUGGUGACUAUGCUUCUGAUCCUGACUGCUGUUGGCCUGCCGACCCAGGACAUCAGUCUGCUGGUUGCUGUCGACUGGCUGCUGGAUCGAUUCAGGACCUCGGUGAACGUGGUGGGUGACUCCUACGGUGCAGGCAUCGUGUACCACAUGUCCAAGGCGGAGCUCGAGGAGCUGGACGCACACGCGGCCAAAUCGGACGACAUCGAAAUGAUGACAAAGACCCAGUCUUAUUACGAUGACAUGAAGAACCACCACGAAAACAAUUCCAACCAGUGCGUCUUAACCGAUACCGCUACUGCUACCACAACCGCUACCGCCACUGCUAACAAUUCUGUCGUAGUAGAUGAAUGCAAGGUAACCUCAGCCACUAACGGCUCUGCUGCGGAGUGCACGCUUGUUGAGGAGGAACCGUGGAAACAUGAAUAAUGGCAGCACAGAGAUCCCCCCCUGCUCCUGGGCUCCACAAGCUUUCCUAUCUGGUGAUGAAAAAAAAAGAAAAAAAAAAAAAGAGUCACACGAACAGAACUACUAAUUGUUUUGUUUUGUUUUGUUUUGUUUUUUUUAUAUAGUUUAGUUUUCUUUUCUUUUUUUUAAUUAGUCCCUUUAAAAGUUUUUGUAACUGUCUAUCUGACUGAUAUAUAAAUAUAUAUAUAUAUAUAAUACUAAUUCACUUAACCGUGAACUGAUAACAGAGGUAUACAUUUACCUGUUAGAGCACAAUUAUGUCCGAUAUAUAGCAGAUACUUGCACAACAUACUUCAAGGCUUGGGGAAGGAAGAGGAAGAGAAAGUUAUAGAUAAGCUAUUCCUUUAGCAAUACAUCUCGCUUCUACAUUUAAAAGUUGAGAGAGGAAGAAGAAGAAGAAGUGGCUGUAUAAGACUGGAUCAUGCACUGAGACCAUCUUUCAAGUUUCAUACAUGCAUAAUAGUACAGGUGAUUCAUUAUUUAAUGCCUAAAGACGAGUGGGAGUCAGAGCAAUUAAUCAUGACAGCUGAUGUAACGUUUUGUCGCUUCGUCAGAACCGUCGCCACGUGUGCAUCGGGCCGCUUCUCUUCCUAUCUCGGCUCAGUCUCUCGUCUAAUAACAUCUUUAUUUGAUUCUGUCAGAGCUGCUUUAAGUGCGUCUGACUGUUGAUCGCCCAACGACACACACUGUCCAGCGAAAACUGAAGGAAGGGUAGGAAGCAGGGUAGAAACAAUGAUGAGCAGGAAGUACAGUCAAAACAGGUGAUAUUAUGAAGCACAAACCAUAACACUGAGCCCAUUUUAUCCCCCUUUUUUUGUUUUUUCCUCUUUUUAUCUACUGUAAAGAAAAGGGACUUCUUUUUAUUUGUGUCACCUGUUGAGUGAGGUAUAAAACUUGUGUGUUUGUGUGUGUGUGUGUGUGUGUGUGUGUGUGUGUGUGUGUGUGAUAGAGGGAGAGAGAGAAUGAUAGAGAGAGAGAGAGAGAGAGCUGGGGUUAAGAACAUGACCAAGUCAAUUAUAGGGACCAAACAGGCAGAAAAUCAAUCAUCUCACAGAGGCCUUUGAACUGCCUCCAUGACGUCGCUCACACACAACACACACUUCACUCUCCCGACAUCGACGGCCUCUCGUAAUUGAACGGCACGGCGUUCGAUAUCGCCGCUUCUUUCAGACAAAGCCUUGAAGGAAGCCACUGCCCUAAAUAUGAAACUUUAUACGCCUCCUCUCCCCGCUCCCAAAAAAACCCUUUGCGAUGCCGAUGAACCUGAAUUAGCAUCAAAAUGAUUCCGAUAAAUAAUCGACAUAUCUUGAUAAAUUCUAGCACAACAAAGAGCACAAACAGAGCGAGAGCACACAAAACAAGCCAAAAUGGAUCAUUUUUUUAAACGUCAUGCACAUUAUGGUUCCAUUGUUCGAUUGUAUUCCAAGUUUUAAAACGUGACUAUAGUAAAACGAUAAGGGGAAAGCAAAAGAUACUCAGGCUUGUAUGUUUACUCUCUUACAGGGAAAAAAUAAAACAAAACGUAAUCCUAAAAAUGUUUACUCGCUCGCUUAGCGCUUCAAGAGAGCGGCCUCUUCAUAGCACAACGUUUGAAAGCUUCGACUCGCUAAAGGCGACAGUUUACUGCGAAGAUGUUGAAGGACAGACGCUGGGAAGCACAAAAAUGUAUUUCAGACAACAUUCCAGUGGUUGAAUCAUCCUCGAUCCGUGUACUAUUUGAAAGCGCAGACACGGUUAUCGCUCGAGUGCAUGAACCACCACACCACACACACACACACACACACACACACAAAAAGUGAAAUAGAAACACAGGAAGAUGCAGCGCAGCGCUCGGCUGUCAGAUGGAGUCUCGGCUUGCACAAACAGAGACGGAUCAUUGAUGUACCACUUUCGCUUGCCAGACUCUUGUUUAGUCAGACCUGAAAAAAAAAAAAAAAGAAGGUAAACAACAAUAUAUUUUAGCCACCAGAGCUCAAGACUGUUUCUACAAAAACCCUAGAUGCUGCAGCUGUGUGUCCAUUUGUGUGAAGGUGUGGAGACUUUUUAAGAAAACCUCAGAACAGAGCAGUGGACACUUCACAUGCAUUAUGCCAGAAUGUUGCCAAACUAUCAGGUAAUAAAUAAAAAAAAAAAGAUACAGUAUUUUCCUCUCAAGAACCAAAUGGCUUAAACUGAUCUGCAAACAUACAAAAAAAAAAUACACAACACAGCUCGGACUACUGGCUGUUAAUCUUUUUGUAGCCCGUGUGAGUGAGAGGUCUGUGAUGUGGCUGCGGAUUUGAUUUCUUUAUCGGUGUCGUGUCCUUCUCUCCUGUCUUGUUUUCUUUUUCUUUUUUUCGUUUUGUGCUUAAUGACAACCUUUGCCUUGGAGAUGUUCACUUCAAAACAGAUGCCAAUUUAAAGUAACACUAGGAAACUUAACAACAACAAUAAAAAAAAAAAACCCCUCUUAGCGCAGCACUCUGUCCUUUUAGUUCCUGAAACACACCUCUCAUAAGACGAUGCUCACUUUGCUUUUUUUACAUUUUUUUUAACAGAAGUGUGCUUCGAUACGACGAAGAGCACACUUGGCAUUCUGCUGCACAUACUGCGCAGAUGGAUACACACAUAUGAGCAUGCACACACACACACACACACACACACACACACUCACACACACACACACACUCAAACACGUCUUUUCUUUUUCCAAAUGCACACACGCAAACACACAAACACCUCGAAGGUCACCACGUUUCCAUCACAAUGAGCGAGCUGCAGAGCACAGCGCUGACACCCAAACCGGCCCCCUCGACUUUCAUCUUUUGACUUUGUGAUCUUCAGGAAAAUUUAAAAAUGAAAAACGAAACAUCUCUCCAGUGAGGAGACAAUGCACACCAUAGUGUCAUCGAUGGGGAUUGAGUGUUGGACCACUAUUAUGUUCAAGCUCACAGUUUUUAGAAGCAUGAAUAAAAAAUAAAAAAAAUGAUGAUUAUUUUUUUGCACCACUAUCUUAAAAAAAGCAUGAUAUUAUGAAGUGCCUCCUUGCACUUUGUGUAUAUAUUGUAGGUAACAGAUGUUUUUUUUUUUUUUUUUUUGGUUUGUUUUGUCCUUUUGUUUUCUUUUGGGGCGUUGAAAUGGUACGUAGGAAUAUAGUUUCAUUGCUGUGACAUUUUUAAUGUAAUCCUCUAGAGAGAAAAAGAAAAUAUAUCAUCUGUGUCCUGAGUAAAAAAAAUUAGAUUAGAACAAAAAUGUAUAGAGAGGAAAUCGUGUAAUAAAUUGCUUGUUUUUUUUAUUCUCUAAUAGCUGUUAAACUAGUUGUUUUACUUACCUGUCACACACCAAUAUAUAAAUAUCCUUUUUCUUUUUUUUUUUUUUUUAAAUCUAAUGUAAGCGUUUUGAAUGUUUGUUCCAUGAAGAUAUAAGAAGUGUGCAUUCAUUUUCAUUGUACAUAAAUAAAUAUAUAAUUGUUCUGUUCAGUGGCAAUGCGGAAUUUUCUGGAAAAAUUUACAGUGAUCCCGAAGCGAACGUGGUUUCGAGCGAAGACAAGAGAGGAAGAAAGAGUGAGAGAGGUAGAGAGUGAGAGAGAGAGAAAGAACGAAAGGGAGGGGAAGUUUCUGGUUUGACAAAUAAAAAAGGGGGUGGGGGGGCAAACGUGAGUUAUUUCAUGAUUAAAGGGUUUAUGCCGAAAAUGAGAGACAAAUUAAAAAGGGGAAAGGUCAGAUUUGCCCUGUACGUAGGAUCGAGCGAGGAAUCAAACACAGCCUGCAGUAGUUGAUUUGAGUGAACGAACAAACACCAGAUGUGUUCAGCUGCCUGUCACGGUUAUAGAGCAGCACUCCUCAGGUGACUCAUCUGAACCAUUUUGUCUUUUAAAUGGAAGGAAAAAAAAAACUACCUUAGUCUCAGGCAUCUUUGUUAACUUGGUGCAUUUAAAGAAAUAAAGCUGCGAGAUCUUUUAGACUCCCUGUCCGCAGACACCUUCACACGCUCGACCUCUGAACCAUCAGCAUCAUCAUGGAGGUUUAUAUGACUCCCACUCUUUGUAAACUGCCUUUACUCCACAUGCCUUUCUUUUUUUUUUUCUUCAAUUUUUAUUUCCUGCUUUCUACACACAAACUUUAUGCACGCACAAAACAUCUGGAACUUGCAGAGCUUAACGGUACUGAUUUAAAAACGGGAAGUGGAUUGACGCAGUGUUUUCAACAAAGAAGCCCGUACAUCUUCGAGCUUGUCCUUUUCUACUGAAAUGUGUCUUUUUUUUUUUUUUUUUUUUUGAAGAAACCUCAGAGCUAAAAACAAAAAAAAGAAGAAGAAAAGAACCCGAGCUGAUAACCCGUCUCACUCCUGCCUACAACGUGCUUUCCUGAUCUUACUUUUCUAGGCCUUCCCUCUUUGUAAAGCUGUUGUAAUUUUGAUGUAAAGGCAGAGCGUAUGUGUGGGGGAGAUACACUAUCGAGAAAAAAAAACGACAAAAAAAAUAUACAUGAAUUCUUUCCUCGGUCUAUGGUAUACAUAAAAAAAAAAAUCUGUUUCUACAUAUCAAUAAGUGUUGUACCUUUGGUGUACAUAUACAAAUAUAACUAAUAAAUGUUGAUUCAUAACUAAA